AUGAAGGCACGUGCGGACUCGAUCGACGCCCUCCUUGCCGAGUUUGACGAGAGCAUGAGCCGGAGUCGCGCCAUUUUCAGCGGCGAGACCAACCAAGAGACAGCCAACGGCAAAGUGGCAAGCCAGUGGACCACGGCGCUUGCCAAGGCCACGGCGCGCAACGAGGCCGAGUGUCCCAUCUGCCUCAACGCCAUGAGUGCCAAGGCCGUGACGCUCUUGAGCUGCUCGCACGUCUUGCACGCCGAGUGCUUGGUCGCGUUCGAAUCGUUCAACAUCUACGAAGUGCACCUGUGCCCCGUGUGUCGCGGGCACUACGAGAGUCGCCGUCUCCACUGCGAUAUGUCGUCGUUCGCAGACUGA